AUGAACAACACACCGGAAGAAAAGCCACAGCGGGCAACUGCCGCGCAGCUGGCGGCCAGAAAAAUUCGACCCAUGCGCUCUAGACGCCAAACACCCGCAGGCAACGCGAGUGCACCUGCCCCGACGUUUGGUGGCGCCUUCAAUUCCAUCGACUCCAACACAGCAUCCUCCCCAAUGGCGAGCUCGCAACCCCCAUCUACGGGAUUCACAUUUGGACAGAACCAAAGUUUUCCGGGUGCGAACUCGACGCCUAGCCAGUCCACGCAAAGUGGUUCGACCCCCUUCUCUUUUGGUGCAAGCACCACAAGUAGUGCAGCGCCGUCUUCUUUCAGCUUCUCAUCAUCAUUCGGUGGCCCUCAAGCAAACAAUCCUUUCGCAAGCAUGAACACCGCCAGUAAUAGUCAGCAGCCAUCUCAGCAGCCGUCUCAGCAGUCAGGAGGUUUCUCAGGGUUCCCAGGCUCUAUCUUUAGCGCUCCUCCAGCUGGCAACCAGUCUGCCGCUCAGCAACAGCAACCCUUGCCUUCUGGCUCACUUUUCGGAGCCGGUGGCGCACAGAGUAACACCGGAGGUCUUUUCGGCGCAAGCAACAGUGCUGGUUCCUCUACGCAAAACGGAACUGCAACCCCUACCACAACCAAUAUUUUCGGUCAGAGCACUACCGCUUCUGCACCUUCCAAUGGCAUAUUUGGCCAAUCCAGUGCAGCCAAGCCCUCCAUCUUUGGCCAGCCGAAUUCAUUUGGAGGAUCGGACUCAAUGCAUACCUCUCCAGACGCUAAAUCAGUCACCAGCCAGAAGUCAUCUUUCCCUAGUUCAACUGUGGGUUCAACGUCUAGCUCGCCGGCUCCCUCCAAGGACGACAGCACCAAGAACGACAGCAAGCCACUUUUUGGCGGCGCUUUCACUGGCGCAUCGACGUCGUCUAGCGAAUCCCCAGCGAAGUUUUUGUUUGGAGCCAAGCCGACCGAGCAGACUCCUGCUUCUGCCCCUAUUUUUGGCGCCACUCCCACUCAAACCACGGCCGCUUCUACAGCUUCGAAGCCAGCACCAGCGCCUGCUGCUACGAACCCUCCGUUCUCUGGCCUGUUCGGCGCUGCGCCUUCAGCUAGUCCGGCAACUCCCUUCCAAAACCCUUUCCAGUCUUCAAACCUUUUCUCAGGUGCACCUUCCAGCACACAGAAGCCAUCCGAAGAGAAGAAGGAUCAGGAGCCGAAACCUGCAGAUAAACCGAAGAACCCGUUUCAAUUCAAUUCGUCGACGACUACGGCGCCCUCAUUGUUUUCGAGUGCUGGCGCCAGCUCCCCAGCUCCGGCUUCUUCGACUGAAUCUUCUCAACCCUCAUCAACCGGAAACCUUUUCGCGCCGAAGACGACAGCAUCUUCAGACCAAGAAAAGCCAAAGGCGGCAGUAUCAAAUCCUUUCGGUAAUCUGUUCAAUGCACCGAAGCCUGCGACCUCGAACGAGCCGGUGCCUGAGCAAAAGCCAGCACCCGCAAACCCCUUUGGCAAUAUAUUCUCCCCCAAGCCCACCGAGACACCUAAAUCCAGUCAAGCCGAGAAGCCAGCCAAUCCCCCGGCGCUUUUCUCAUCUCCUGCCGCAGCUACCUCGCCCUCUAAUCCUAGUAUCUUCACUCCGAAGCCGGCAGCCCCAACUCCCGCCGCGGCACCUCAAAGUCUGUUCAAGGUCAACGGAGAGAAGCCAGCCGCGCCAGCUACAGGCAGUCAGUUGUCCAAGCCCUCCAACUUUAAGGAUCUGGGAUCUCCCAAGGUUGCAGGAGCUGUGGAUAACGACGUCAAGGCUGACGUCGAAACGGUUCAUCGUCUUCGUACGUUGAAUGAAUGCUUCAAGCGCGAGGUGGCCAAUGCCGACCCAUCUGGCAAGGACUUUGAUGCAAUCCUGCAGUUCUAUCUGCGGGUUCGUGAUACCAUUGGAAUGCCUGUUGCCACUAAGCGCAAGGCCGCAGACGAUCUUCCCAAUGGCGUUGUAUCCAAGAAGGUGAAAUCCGGUACUCCCAUCGAUGCAGAUAUUCCCAACAAAGCUGCUACACCCAGUGUUGGGAAUACAUUUGGGACAGCUCAGGAUGUGUCUCCCAGCAGCAAAAAAAGAAGAUCGAUUGACGAUGGCGAAGUUAAUGGCACCCCUAAACGUGUCAACGGCGAUUCGACCACUGCCAACAUCUUCGCACAGUCAUUUUCCAAAUCGAAGACCACUGAGUCCGACGAUGGGUCAAUCCACAAGGAAACCCCUUCGAAACCAUCCACUCCAACAGCCAAGCCUGCGUUGUUCUCUUCGACACCGGCGACGGAGCCAGCCAAGCCACAACUGUCAUUUUCGAGUUCAAUCACGCAAGGUUCGACCUCUACCUCGCUAUUCUCAUCCUCAAUGUCAAGUGCGGCAACAACAUCCAGUGCGUCCAGCGGAACCGCACCAAAGAAUCCCUUUGUCCUCAAGCCUCUGGGCAACCAGGAAAAUGGAACCUCUACAAGCUCCAUGCCCGCUCCCCCCAAGUUCAGUGCCCCAGCUGGCGGUAACUUUUUCGCCCAAUUCAAGGCCCAGUCUGAGAAGGAUGCCGAGAAAGAGAAGGCUAAGCGCAAAGCAGAGGACUUCGAUUCCGACGAGGAGGAUGAAGCUGAGUGGGAGCGCAAAGAUGCUGAACAACAGCGCAAGAAACAAGAAGAGCAUGCCGCUCGAGGCAAGAAGCAUGCUAAAUUUGUCCCUGGCAAAGGAUUUGUUUUCGAGGACGAGGCUAAUGAGCCCGAGAAGACCGGAGAAGGUGCUGUUGCAGCUACCUCUGGUGCUUCUGUCUUUGACAACCAAGAAAAGUCUGCACUUAAGUCCAGCAACAUCUUUGGACAUCUGUCAGCUACUCCCUCUGAAGCCGAUGACAAUGUCGAUGACGAGGACAAUAACACAGAAGCGGCAUCAGACGUAGGGGAUGAUCAGGAGGACGCGGCGAAGACUUCGACCAGUGACUUUGCCUCUAACGCCGCAGAUUCUCCUGCACUCAGCAGCGAGGACGCAUCGGGUAGCCGAAGCUUAUUCGACCGUGUCUCCGAACCUAAGCGUCAAGCCGAUGAAGAACAGAAGAACCCUGUUUCUACACUAUUUGGCUCCUCAAAAUUCUCCUCAUCCCUCAACACGCCAGUUUCGUCCACACAAAGUGGCACAUCUGACUCCGAGAAGUCUGCACUCAAGCCUGCGACAAGCAAUCUUUUCGGAUCCGCAAAUACCGGAUCCAGCAUUUUUAGUUCUGCUGGCUCUAGCCCAGGCGGCGCAACUCCAUCCAUCUUUUCGAAGCCGUCUGGAGACAAUACCUGGAAACCUGACUCUCCUAUCAAGUUCGCAGCAAGCCCUUCUGCUUCGGGAUCUGCAACCCCGGCGGCAUCUGAAGCCCCUAAACCAUUUUCUUCUCUCUUCGGUGCCCCGUCAUCUUUGAACAAGGCUGGGUCUGGCAGUACACAACCUUCGACUGGCUUUUCUUUUGGGAAUCCGUCCCUCCAGGCGCCCUCCGUGCUAGGUUCGUCAGCUCUUGGGUCGGCUACGACUAGCCGCCAGUCCACCCCUGGUGUCGCUUCCGACACUGGAGCGGAAGAGUCCGGUGAUGGAGAUGCAGCGGAAAACCUACCCCAGGCCGAUCUCCGCACUGGAGCCGGAGAAGAGGACGAAGAUGUUGUUCUGGAGAACCGAGCUCGCGCAAUGAAGCAUAACAAAGCCGAUAGCUCCUGGGAGAGUCAGGGUGUUGGAUUCAUCCGCGUCUUGAAGCAUCGGACCACCUCCCGAGGUCGCAUUCUUGUCAGAGCCGACCCGAGCGGAAAUGUUGUACUCAACACAUACCUUGUCGACGCUAUCUCAUACAAAGCAUCCGGCAACAGUGUCCAAUUUAUGGUCCCCCAAGCCGAAGGACCGCCGGUCUUGUGGGCCCUACGGGUUAAGACGAAGGACGAUGCAGAACGUCUCAGCAAGGCGAUGGAGGAGACUAAAUCUUAG